AUGCCUUCCGCAGCAGCCCGCCGCUUAUACGAGGAUCAAAUCCCCUCGUUCAUGUCCGUAUUCGAUCUGGACGCCGACGCUAUCGGGGACAGAGAUACGGUCACCAUCGUAGACCCCAAGAUGAUGGAAGUGGACCAAGCCGCCCAUAAGAUACAAAACGAUUCUCACCAGCUACUGGGGCCCAAUCCUGUUCAAGUCGGCAGAUUCAUCACCAACAACCACAGUCUCAUGUACCGAUUCCUCAUCAUUGUCCGAUCCUUCUCCGUCAUCAUCGCCAGACUCUCCUAUCAACUUGGUUCCUCUAAACUCCUUUCCGGCAACUUCGUUUGGCGGGCUGUCAUCCAUGGCGAGCCUCAAUGUCUCAGAGGCAAAUAA